AUGGAAUCCUGUCUGAACGAACUUUCUAACCAACAACUGCAAGAGAAUAGAACACUAAAUCCGUACUAUGUACAAGUUGAAGAAAAGGAGGUUGAAGAAACAAAGAAACAGAUAAUGGCGGAUGACAAGAAUAAAGCAAAGUUCAAAGUACAUAAAACUCACAUUCCAGGAGAUACUCCACCAACCAUUGAGGAGACUGUUCAAACCUUCAUUUAUCCUGGUUACUCGGUAGAUGUUUGUAGUUAUCCUAGCAUGGUUUGUUCUGGUUGUCGGAGAAACUUAAAUUUGCUGAAAGCAGGGAAACAAUCUCGUGGAGCAUGGGGUGAGAAGGUUGCUAAGGUUGAAUGGAAGAUGCUGACCAGAACAUCAAGCUCUUCAUUAAUCCAGCAAUCACCAGAACCAACUGUUCAAGCUUCUUUAGAGUCUAGCCUUUGUUCUGAAUGUCUGACUACUCUAGCUCCAGGGAAAACUCAUAACUGCAGCCCUUCAACUGCAGUUUUGAAUAUGAUUUUUUUGGCAAUAAGUCUUGGAUCUCUUCAAGCUGAACAAGUGGCAGCAGGUUUGCUCAAGAAUAAGAUGGAUAAGGAGAAUAUUCAAAAACGAGGAAAACGAGCUUGUCUGUGGUGUGAAGGUGUUGCUGGAUUUGAAUGUGGAAACUUGAGAACUCUAGGAAGCCUUGAUUACUGGUAUGAAAGAUAUAUUACAGAGAAUAAUUGCUUUAUACUGAAGAUGACCCAAAUACUCUACUCCAAACCCUAGUCCCUCCUCCUGAGCUUCAUUUAAUGAUAGGAGUCGUUUCAUCUUUGGGAAUCUUAUUGAUGGAUCUCUGGCCAGGGUUAAAGCUACAGGGGGUUCUACAAAGAGGAUAUCAGGGCCGUGGUUGGGAUGGAAAUAAUUCUAACAAAAUUCUGAAGAACCUGGAUAAACUGGAAAGUAUAGUCACAUCUGAAGCUCCUCAACUUCUACAAAUUGUAAAAUGUUUAAAAGACUUUAGAGCAGUCAAAGAAGCAUUCUUUGGAAAGAACCUAGAGAAAGGUUUCCAUAGAGCUUUUGAACAGCUCAAGAAUUCUUUUACUAGUGUCCAAGAAAUGGCAGAAGGUUUGGGAGGAAAGUUGUCUAUAAC